CCGGUGUAAUCGUUGGUAGUGUGGUGUCUGUGUCGGUGCCGUGGUAGAAUCUCGUUUCUGGUACUGUUUGUCGUCGGCUGCCUAAUUUUUCCUCCGGGUCGAUUUUGUAACUACUAAAUAACGCGCCGCGAAGUGCAAAUUUGUUCAACAAUAUUCUACAGAUUCUGUGAAGCCAUCUGCUAGGAACAAUGCUCGCAUCGAUCGCCGUUCGCAGUUUGUCCCGUCGUGCUUUCUCGACCUCAAAGGCGCUCGCUGCCCAGCAGCUGACUGUCCGCGAUGCCCUCAACGCAGCCUUGGACGAGGAGAUGGAGCGGGAUGAACGAGUAUUCCUGCUCGGGGAGGAGGUCGCCCAGUACGACGGUGCCUACAAGGUUUCACGAGGGUUGUGGAAAAAAUACGGCGACAAGCGAGUAAUUGACACACCAAUCACAGAAAUGGGUUUCGCGGGUAUUGCGGUCGGCGCCGCCAUGGCCGGUCUUCGUCCGGUGUGUGAGUUUAUGACAUUCAACUUCUCAAUGCAGGCCAUCGAUCAUGUAAUCAACUCAGCUGCAAAGACUUUCUACAUGUCAGCCGGAACGGUCAACGUGCCAAUUGUUUUCCGCGGACCAAACGGAGCCGCUGCUGGUGUGGGUGCUCAGCAUUCCCAGUGCUUCGGGGCAUGGUACGCACACUGUCCUGGACUGAAAGUCAUUUCGCCGUACGACAGUGAGGACGCCAAAGGUCUGCUAAAAGCUGCAAUUCGUGAUCCAGAUCCGGUGGUCUGUUUGGAAAACGAAAUGCUGUACGGUGUAGGGUAUCCGGUUUCGGAUCAAGUUUUGGAUAAAGAAUUUGUACUGCCAAUCGGUAAAGCGAAAAUUAUGCGACCCGGUAAGCACAUCACCGUGGUAGCACACUCCAAAGCAGUGGAAACAGCGCUUCAGGCCGCUACGGAACUUGCCGGUAAGGGGAUAGAAUGCGAAGUCAUUAACCUGCGUUCUCUUCGCCCGCUCGAUACAGACACAGUGUUCAAAUCGGUACAGAAAACACAUCACUUGGUGACGGUUGAACAGGGUUGGCCACAAUCCGGUAUUGGGUCGGAAAUCUGUGCUAGGAUUAUGGAACAUGAAACAUUCUUCCAUCUGGAUGCCCCUGUCUGGCGUGUGACGGGUGUGGACGUCCCAAUGCCGUACACCAAAUCGUUGGAAAUAGCCGCACUGCCACAGCCACAUGAUGUAGUCACCGCAGUUAAUAAGGUGUUAGGAGCUAAGUAAAACCAAAACCUAGCUUACGAGAUCCACCAUCCUGAAUUUACGAAGAAGUCACAAGGCUGAGGACGAUAAAACAGCCAGCAGAAAAGUGUGCAACGAUAUUGUGUUAAUUCUGAAAAUUGUAAUCGGCUUAUUUUUCUUAAUUUGGAGGAAAAAAAACUUAUUAUAAACUAUAAGAUCAUAAAAGUACUACCGAGUAACAGAGCAAAAUCUUAGGAAAUAAUCAUCCUUUAAUGCACUAACUUAAAUGAAGUCAGAAACACACGGCUGUAGGGAAGGAAACAGAGAAGCCGAACUGCAACAUUUUUAUGUACAAAGUUAAACUCGCCAGGGCAUUCAAACAUUUGUUAGUUGUAAAUAACCGAACACCAGCAUGAUAUAGUAAGUUAAAAAACAAUACAUUUUGAUCUGAAUCCCACGUUCAUUACAUCAAGCGCUUUUCGUUUUCUUUACCUCGAAUGAUUUGCUGUUUUGAUUUCAGUCGUUUCUUUUCCUGGAUUUCAAGCUGAAUCAGUUUGGCCGAAUAAAAAACAACUUCAUACAUUUAGUCAAAAA